GCGCUUAGGGACUUUUAUUUUGAAUGCCAUUUUCUGAUAGUUCCUGUUUCAAACGAGCUUCUCGUGACAAAUCUUAUGACAUUUGGGUUGUGGAUACAAACACCAGCAGGUGUCCAAUUAUGGCAAGCAACAAAUUCCAGAUCGUAGUACAGGGCGAAGCGUCUGAAACGGAUUCGGAGGAUGAACUUAACAUCACAUCCGCUCCUCCAUCAUCACUAUCCUCCGGGAUAAAGGUGGCUGGAGAAGCAUCAGAAACCGACAGCGAGGAUGGAGAGGAGAAAGCUCAUCAUCUGGCCUCUGAAACCCAACAGCAGAUGCUUCGCAAAGAUCUUCCACCCCUCAUAGUGAUCAGAAACACACCUGCACCUGCCUCGGGACAGGACGAUCGAUUAUCCUUGUAUAAACCAGAGUCAGAUCGGUUUAACACGCUGCUGCAGCAGAAGCUACAGGAGAGCAAUGCUCGACUAUGUACGGACGUCAGUCAAAGUCUGAGGCAGGUGUAUCAGAGCGCUGCCAGAGACAUACGACAGGCCACGACUCAUCUGAACAGUUCACAGACUGGCAUCAUUAACGCCUCCCACAGCAUCAGACUCAUACUAGAAGAUCUGAAGUCAGUAUCUGAGAAGAUGGACAUCAUUACGAGCUAUCAUUUGCUGCCAGACAUCACCAUGCCAGACGCCAUAUCUGGACAAACUUAAUACACUAAAUAUUAGGUUUGUUUGUAUAAUGCAUUUAAUAUAAGUGACCAAAUAGCAUUUUUAAAAAAGACUAAAUAAAGUGUUAAAUGACUUUG